AUGGUUUCGGAUCGUCCACCACCCUGGAAUUACUCUGCGCCAUUAGCGCGACGACCGGCAAUACAUCAGUCGCAAAAGCCUCAAGCCGUGAAUCUGCUCAUGGGCUACGCCCAACUAAAUGCGACAUUCACACUAGAUGCCUCGCUGGUCGACCAGUCACACUUUGAAGAGGUGAAGACGAAAGGCUUUCUUGGCGGCCAGGCUGGAGGCGGCGUGGUCGGCGUCAAAAAGCCGCGGCCGAACAGCGGGUUCUUGGGAGGUUUCAAUCUCAACAGCAUCGGGGGCUCGCUGAACAGCCUGAUCGGUGGCGACAACAUGAGCAGCGUGAAGGAGAUGAAUGCCGUGACCAACUCCAGAGCGAUUCCUCUCCUGUCUACUCCACAAUCACUGCUGUUCGUCGACAUGCAUCUCGAACCCGGCGAGGAGCAGAGCUAUUCGUACAGCUAUCCCUUACCGCGAGGUCUACCAUCCAGCCAUCGAGGGAAGGCCAUCAAGAUCUCCUACAAUCUGACCAUCGGAGUGCAAGGUCUUCCCGGAAGCCGCGACGUGCAUACGGUUCGACAAGUCAACGUUCCCAUCCGUGUCUUUCCCGGAGUCUCUCGCGAUGGAGAGAUAUACGGCCAUGAUCUCAUGCAGCCACAUGUGAUCCUCCGUGAUCUGGCGCGUACAAAGCCUGUUCUCGCAGCUGAAGGUCAUGAAGAGAUUACUACAUCCACCACGCCGGGGGAUGAAAGGCCUACUACCGAGUUCCUUACGUUUGUUGAUACGCUUUUGGAUCGCAACCGACGCAGACAGUCCAGCACGGGGACAAUGGAUGCAUUCUCAAACAGCCAAGACACGGGCAGCCGUGGAAAGACUCUGCAGGCGGUCGACCGUGCUAUCGUAUACAGUAAUUCCCUCUCUGACGGCGAUUCGAGUCCGAACCGUUUCGAGAUUGCCCGGACUGGCCAGAGGGUUGCGGUUAUCGUCAUCGGCCGGCCAUUACACCGGCUGGGAGAGACAAUUACAGCCGUGGUUGACUUCUCAGAGAGCGAGAUAGCCGCUUCGUCGCUCAAAGCGACUCUGGAAACAUCGGAGAAAGUAACCCCCGCACUUGCCGUCAGGUCGGUCGCCACGAUUAACCGAAUUACCAGAAAGAUCUACGGCGCCCGGUGGGAAAACAUUUUGUUCUCGAAGCGAGCCACCUUCUCAUUCAGCAUUCCAGCCUCGGCGACUCCCACCUUCGUGACUUCAGGAGUCAAUUUGGACUGGAGUCUCCGAUUCGAGUUUGGAACCCUGAAGCCCAUCGAGAGUGAAGAAGGCGGCAUUUUGGCCACGCCAGACUUAUUGGAGGAGGUUGUCAACGAUGAGAAGAGCACCGUCAAUGUCGCUGUGGAGAACGUGGAGUGCGAGACGUUUGAGGUGGUUAUCCCGAUCACAGUCUACGGCGACUUGGUGCCCGAUGGCAGAGAAGGCGAAGAGAUCGUUGGGAUUCCAAUCUGA